UUAAGCCCUGGUUGUUACCCUCGCCUGGUCACACACACUGCAAAUGCCCUGUGGUCUCACAUUAAGUCUCCCUUAAUCCUUUUAAUGGGAUUGUUGCAAGACUGCCUUGUUCCGGACAGCCCCAGGAAUAUUCCUUUUAUCCUCUAGUGACUCAUCUCCCAAGGAACUCCCUUCAGUUUGCCUCUCUAAUCACACAUCUACUUUUCUGGGCUGUAUUAAGAGCCAUUCAUGUCUGUGUAGUGCUUUGCAGAUGCACUGCAUUAUGAAAUGCUAAACGCCGUGCUCUCACAGGAGAACAAAGCUAAUUAGUUUUCCCCAAGGAAAGACAAUUAAUAAUCCGCAAGGAGCUGGGAAAUAAAGCCCUCCCUGAACUCUGCUUUCUGCAGACUUGGGAGCUCAGUCAUUCCUGGCAGACAAAGAGAGAUGGUUGUGGGAUGGAGGCAGAGAUGGGUCUGAAAAGAGGGUCAGCUGAGAGUCCUGCUCAGCAUGACGCUGAGAUGCAGAGUUAGAUCAAUGGCUUGUGUGAGUCAAGGAAGCAGGUGGAGAAGGCAGCGCUGGUCGAAACAUGCGGCCUCCUUCUGGUGCUACACAUGUACCGACGAGCCCUCCAACUGGAAUUGUGUUAAAGCGACUAAGUGUGCCGACACUGACAAAUACUGCCUCACAACCUAUGCGUCUGGAGGGAUUGGCGAUAAAAAGGGGCAGCGCAUCACCAAGAAAUGCUCUCCGGUGUGUCCCCAAACAAACCUGAACCUCGGCGUAGCCGCCAUUUCUACCUCCUGCUGUGAGCAUUCCCUCUGCAACCUCAGCGGGGCCAGCAGUGUGAAAACCAGCUACCUGGUGAUGGCCACGGGGAUCUUGGCCAGUCUCAUCUACAGCCUCAGAACGGGACUGUGGUGAGGCCAGGAAAAGAGGACUUGCCAUCCCGAAGAACCAACUUGGGCCUCCCCAGAGAGAUGCCAAAAGCCUUCUGUGCAAAGCUGCCAUCCAGGCUAACACUGCCCUGUCUCUUCCGUGUCACCUCAGAUCCCCUCAGCAAGGAGUUUCUCGCUAAUUUUCUACGCUGUUGUUCUUUCUCUGAGGGCCGGGAGCUGUACCCUGAGGAUAAGAGCACUGCCCUCCCUCGUCGGGGGGUUGUGAGCAUAAACGCAUUAAAGAUAUUACGCUGAUGGAGGCUAGAUACGCACCUAAGAUUUUAUCUAUCUAUCUAUAGUUAAUAGCUCCACCUCCACCUUUGUUUUAGCAGAGCCAGAGUCGCCUCCCACCUGCUUGGUGUCGGUGACCUGGGAUGCUCAGCAGAAUGGUGCUGCCUGGAUAGAUGUGCCGGCUCUGGGGAAAGUCACCAUACAGCACAAACUACUAACACUUGUUCCACCCUCUGCCACAGACCCUGUGUCAUUCCCCCCUUCAUUCCCCCUAGCACUGUCUCUUCUCUGCCUCUCCUCGCACUCGCACCACUGAGAGCAUGAGAGCCUUCUCCUCCGCAGCUCGCUCACCAGAGCAGGCUCUCUGAGUCUCUGAACACACCUUUACUCCCAGGUCUGUCCCCUUACUACCCCUCUAAUAUUAGCCCCGAUGAAUGGAUGGGUGAAUGAACGCACCCUCUACUGUAUUCAUCUACACUUUGUUCCCAUUUCUUGUUGCUGUAAUUUUUCCCAUAUAAGCAUUGGCGGUCUUGCAUUGCUUCACCCCAUGAAAGCCCAUUUUGAUUCAUUUUGUAGGACAAAUGCUGGACACAAUAAAGUGUUUUUGUUAUUAUUCUGUUGUGGAAACGUCAGUUGUGUUAACUCUGGGAUAGCUGGAGAAAACAACCCUGCCAGCUCGGGAACAAAGAUUGGUGGGUUAAAUCUGUGCAUCACAUUUAGGCUUGGAAGGAUUCGAUUUUUAUUGAGGAAUGUGGGUAACCAUCCAUUGCACCAUCCAUACACAAAGCAACAAAAAUAAUUUCCAUUGACAGUAAUAGACAUUUACAGACAGGCAAAGCAAAAAAAAUGC